AUCACGAUGCGAUUCCUCACCCUCGCUCUCCUCGCAUUCACCCUCGCUGUCGUCUCGGUCGACGCACGCCUCCGUCUCGGCCUCGCAUGGGGUACCGACAACAGAUGGUCAAAGACGAUCGCAAAGGGCAACGUCGAGUGGUACUGGCACUGGCAGGAGGCCGCCGUGCCCGAGAUGCCUAGCAACGUCGAGUACGUACCCAACUUCUGGGGCCCCAAGUACUGGAGCAAGUGGAACCAGCGUAAGCAGGAGAUCAAGAAGUUCAACUCGAAGCGCAUCCUCGCCUUCAACGAGCCCGACAUUGCUGGUCAAUCCGACAUGAGCCCCGAAUACGCCGCCUCCGUCUACAUGAAGGAGCUCCAGCCCUACCGUAAGAAGGGAGUCAAGGUCUCCUCACCUCAAAUCGUCUGGGAUGUCAAGUGGAUGGACCGUUUCCUCAAGGCCCUCCGCGCCAAGGGAGGCGAUGUCGACUUCAUGGCUGUCCACUGGUACGGCUCUUACAAGGAGCUGCCCGCCCUCAAGAAAUGGGUCUCCAAGAUCCACAGCCGCUACAACAAGGUCGUCUGGCUCACCGAGUACGGUGUCACGCAGAGCUCGCACCCUUCUCAGAGCGACAUCAAGAACUUCCACGUGCAGGCCACCGACUUCCUCCGCAACACAGGCUACGUUAAGCGCGCCGCCUGGCUCGGAUGCUUCGCCGUCAACAACCCGCCCGACUCCUUCGCUGCUGCUCGCAACGCCUUCUUCAACUCCGGUGGCUCUCUCCGCUCCUGGUCCAAGUGGUACGUCUACUCC